AAUAAAUAAAUAAACAGUCAUCUUGCUCCAUCCUCAUUCCACCACAAUGCUGAUUGCGUUCUCGAGGAUAUGCUAGUUCGUUCUUCUCACCCAUCCCCUCUAACCCACCCAUCAUCAGUUCACCAUGUUACGCUCCGCUUUGAGGCGAAUCCCGGCUGCCCCGCCCACUCGGUCCAUCACCUCGCCCGCCGCCCUGGCCACCGUAGGUCAAGAAAUCGCCGGCUGGCGGGUCCACAACUACCGCUCCAUCCAGGAGUUCGAUCUAGGCGCCACGGAGUUGCGACACGCCUAUUGCGGCGCCAAAUUCCUCCAACUCAACCCGCUCCACCCUGGCCAAGAGGACAUCCACGCCUUCUCGGUCAAUUUCAAGACCACGCCCACCGAUUCCACGGGCAUCUCGCACAUCUUGGAGCAUGUCACGUUGUGCGGCUCGGCCCGGUUCCCGGUGCGCGAUCCGUUCUUCAAGAUGUUGAACCGCUCCUUGUCGACGUUCAUGAACGCCAUGACGGGUCCAGAUUACACGCUCUACCCGUUCUCCACGCAAAAUGAGAAGGACUUCUUCAAUCUGUUGUCGGUGUAUUUGGAUGCCGUGUUUCGGCCCAAUUUGAAGGAGCUAGAUUUCCGACAGGAAGGAUGGCGAUUGGAACACGAGAACCUGGAGGACCCCACCUCGCCCAUCGUGAUCAAAGGUGUUGUGUUCAACGAGAUGAAGGGCGUGUAUGCGGAUUCUCAGCAGUUGUUCAACCGUUACCUUUUGAAUACCACUCUGCCCAGUCACACCUAUGGGAACUGUUCCGGCGGUUUGCCAGAUCAGAUCCCGAGUUUGACUUGGGCCCAACUCAAAGAGUUUCAUCAACGUCAUUACAAUCCCCACAACACGCGAUUCCUGUCUUACGGGUCACUCCCGCUGGAAAAGCAGCUCCAAGCUCUAAACGAGUACUUGCCUCAAUCUCCCGAGACUGGAUAUCAAGUCCCCGAGGUCCCGAAAGAGCCGCGAUGGUCGAGUCCACGAGAGGCUCAUAUUCAUUGUGCGCCCGAUCCGACCGCCCCCGAAGCCUCGACUCUGGCCAUUUCCUAUCUGACUUGCGACAUCAACGACCAAUUCGACGUGUUUGUUUUGGGCAUUAUUGGCGAUCUCCUGAUGGACGGAGCUAAUUCUCCCUUUUAUAAGAGUCUCCUGGAGCCCGGAUUGGGCACCAGCUUCGCUCCUUGCACCGGUUACGAUAAUCACACCAAGGACACGGCGUUUACCGUCGGUCUGCAAGGGAUUGAUAUCGCCAAAAAGGACGAGAUCGUGACGGCGAUCAAGAGCACUUUCGAGCAAGUCAUUCAAGAUGGGUUCGAGCAGGAUCGGAUCGAUGCGAUUUUGCAUCGAACGGAAUUAGCAUUGAAGAACAAGAGCAACAGCUUUGGAUUGAAUCUGAUCAUGGGCUUGACGCCAUUGUGGAAUCAUACUGACGAGUGUCCAUUGGACGCUUUCGAGAUCAACAACAAGAUCGAGCGAUUCCAAUCAGAGAUGGAAACGAAUCCCAGGUUCUUGGAAGAUAAAGUGAAAGAGUACUUUAUUGACAACGCUCAUCAUGUAGUAUUGACCAUGUCGCCUAAAGAGACCUUUACCGAGGAGCAAGACAAUGUAUUGAACCAGAUUCAAGAUAGCUUGGUCCAAAAUCUGACCGAUCAAGAUCGCCGAAAUCUCUUGGACGCGGGUAAGAGGUUAGCCGAGGCUCAAAACGCUAAAGAGGAUAUCAACAGUUUACCUACACUAAAAGUCAGUGAUAUCAAGGGAGAAAAUCCUGGAUACAAAUUGGAGCAUCGUGAACUGAAUGGCGUGCCCGUUCAAUUAUCUCGGCAACCCACCAAUGAGGUGGCCUUCUUCCGUUCCCUGAUCAGUACACAGUCUCUGAGCACUGAUCUGUAUGAGGCUUUACCUCUGUUCACGAUGGUUCUAUCCUCUCUGGGGGCGGGGAAAUUUGAUUUCCGACGUUUAGACACGGAGAUCGAUCUCAGAACCGGCGGUUUGGGUUGUGAUUUCCACUUGUCCGAGAUGCCGGGUGAUUUGCAAGUGAUGAAAGAAGGCCUACUACUGAGUUCACAUUGCCUGGAGCGAAAUGUGGAUCGGAUGUUUGAGUUAUGGACAGAGAUCUUCAAUGGUUUGCAUUAUGAGAACCCGGAUCGUCUCAAAACCUUGAUCAACAUGUUCGCCACGGACACGAUGAAUCGCCUGGUUUAUAAAGGCCACGCCUACGCCAUGGGCAGUUCCGCCGCCACGAUUCAAGCCGGAACGAAACUUCGAGAUCAAUUCGGGGGACUCAAUCAUAUUCGUUUCCUCAACAAGUUGGCCCAGAAUGAAUCUCACGAUGAGAUUAUUGGGAAACUGAGGGCAAUUGGAACGGCUCUGCUGCGCAAAGACCACAUGCGAGUAGCCUUGAACACCGGUGAAGGCCAUUCCGACACGCUCAAAAAAUCUGUGGCCCAGUUUUUGGACGCGAUUCCCGGGCAAUUCCAGCGGUUUGAUCACACCAAUCAAAGUGAAUUCCAGCCCUCCAGUAAGAAAGAGUACAUUGCCACGCCCUUCCCCGUCCACUUUUGCUCGCAAUCCGUGCCAAUCGUUUCGUACUCCCACGAAGAUUUUGCCCCAUUGCGAAUCAUGGCCCGUCUCUUGUCUCUGAAGUUCCUUCACACCGAAAUUCGCGAAAAAGGCGGGGCAUAUGGUGGCGGGGCUGCACCCAAUGCCUCAGGUGUGUUCUCAUUCUACUCCUAUCGUGAUCCGAAUUCCACGAAAACGUUGGACACGUUCCAAAGAUCAAACGCAUGGAUCCAAGAGAAACAUUUCAUUCAACAAGACAUCGACGAAGCCAAAUUGGGCGUGUUUCAAAAGCUGGACGAACCCGUGGUACCGGGUUUACGGGGUAUGAGAGAGUUCCUAUCCGAUGUGAACGACCAGAUGUUCAAUGAGCAUCGAGAUCGACUCAAGAAAGUGACCAUUGAAGAUGUUCUCCGUGUAAGUCAGACAUAUUUGGCCGAUCCCAAGGUCCAAGGAACCACGGUUAUUGGCCCCGAACCCAAAGAUCUUGACCCUUCGUGGACCGUUCAUUCGCUGUAGAAUCCAUUCAUCCUGCCUUCAAGUAAAAGCUAACUAUUAUGUUCGAAAUGCAUUAAAGGUGAACGAGUUGUAAUAAUAUAAACUGGCUGCAUUA